UCUGUAAACAAGAUAUUCAGUGUUGGUUUUUUUAAACUAAUUGAAAUAGCUCCAAUAUGUAUAUUAUUUAUCCCAAGUUUUCCACCAAUAGGAAUGCAAGGCAUGCACAGCAUCAGUUGAUAGUCAUUUGCUGAUCAUAUUGAGGUCAUAGUCACUCUGCCCACACCGAGCUGCAGAGGGCACAGAGAGGGUGGGGUAUUAUAGAGGAUACCAAUCCCAAAGAGAAAUUCCUCCCCCAGAGGAGAGCUUGUCCUGAGAACCAUGUGAUAAGAUUCAAAAGCUCUUGAUGUAGACUCAACUGGUUCACCAUCUUCCUUUCCAAAGUUAUAUGAAAAUUCUUCAGAAAAUAAACUCUGUGUCUUGGUGCACAAAAGUCCUCCAAAGAAACAUGGUGAAUUACUAUAAAGUACUAGGGGUGCCUCAAAAUGCUUCCUCCUCUGAUAUUAAGAAGGCUUACCACAAGUUAGCUCUUCAGGUACAUCCAGACAAGAACCCAGGAGACCAGGAAGCAGCUGAGGAGAAGUUCAAACAAAUGGCAGUGGCUUAUGCAGUCUUGUCUGAUGCCAAGAAACGCAACAACUAUGACAAGUCAAGAAGGAACUGCAUCGGAAGGGAAAACAGAAGAGACAGCAGGGACAAGGACAAUUUAAAGGAAGAAGUUGAAGAUAAGGACCUUUUCUCGGGAGAUAGUUUUUCCACUGGCAGUGUGGAUAGGGCCAAGCGAUUCCACUCCUCCUUCUUUGAGGUGACUCCCAUAUUGGACACAGGAUUUUCCACUUUUGUAUCCCUGGGGUCUGGACCAAAUUCCCCUUCCUCUGUGGCAUUUGUUCCUUUUGUAAGCAGUGGGAUGGGAAACUUCAAAUUGGUCACCACUUGUAGCCAGAUAAUGAAUGGCAAGAGAGUUGUUGUAAAGAAAGUUCUAGAAAAUGUGAGUUGGAAGACUGAUGUGGGAAACUAAUGCCUGUGUCAUCAGAUCCCUUCACACCACUGGUGAGGAGUUGCCAACGUAUUCUGUCAUAGGGAGACUUUGCUGUGAGGCUGGUGAGUCUGAUACUUAUCAAAGACAGAGUUGGAAUCUGAGAAUGUGUUGAACUGGAAUGGACAGGGGUUGGCUUAGUCUAGCCUUUCAUUCACAGAAGUAAAUCAUGGGCCAGAUGCUACACAAAGAACUAGGAAGCAGCAGGGUCUGGCCUCCGGCCCAAGUCUAAAUUGAGCUCUUUCUGCCUGCACACUAGCUUCUGAGACAGCAACCACCAGAGAUAUGGCCUUCUGAGAUAUUUGCAGGACCCUACCAUCAUAAAUCCCACUGACUUCUUUUGCCUGCCUUUCCUUGCUGUUAUGCAUUGCUUCUUUCCUGAUGGCCCUCUUGUUCUCUUCCUGACCUUUCUCUUUGCUGUUUCUCUUCCCACCUCAUUUUCUGUCUCCCCAUACACUUCCAGUGAACCAUAUCACAAUUAGGCUUUGUUGAAAGAGUCACCUACAUGUAGAUGAAUGUUGUCAGAGAAAGAGUGAAAAGUGAAAAGUAAACGGGAUAAGAUUUUUUAAAUAUACUCUUUACAAUAGCAUUUGAGGGCUCAAUAGAAGUCAGGAAAUCUGCUUUACAUAUGUUAUCCCAGAAAUCUUUUCAGCAGUGAAAUACAGUAGCUACAUUUACCCCCAUCCUAUAGAUAAGGAAAUGAAGCUUAGAGAGAUUAAGUAACUUGCCCCAGGCCCCACCUAAGAAUCAAUAAAACAAUGUCCUACUCUAAAAAAAAAAAAAAGUGCUUAUCUACUGAGCUGUAAUAUCUAUGGGUUCUACUCAUUUAUUUUUAGAUCUAGGGUCUUGCCCUCGAUGGAAAUUUAUACUAGUCAUCUCUAAACCUUACUUCCAUGCAUGAGUACUUCCUGGAACGUAAAUAUGCAAGCAUUUUGAGUAUUACUACCCAACAGGCACUGGUUAUUCCAACGCAAAAGAUAGAAGCAAUAUAAAAAGUUUCACUGAAACUAACAAAUGAUUGUCCCUUAACAUAGAAAUGUCAACAGAACCCCAAGAUGUGAAUUAUAUUUUUGUUUUGGAUUUUGGAUUGUUAAUGCAAAAUCAUGGGAUUCUUUAUUGUUGUUGUUUGUUUAACUAGAACUGGUUACAUUCUAAUGGCCUGAUUUAUGCUAAUAAACAGACCAGGCUCCAGAGGAGUGGCUUCCUGUGGAAAGUUACUGACGGAAUCUGCAUUAGAACCUUUGUCUUCCAACUUCCAGACUCAUGCUCAUUCUAGUAUGCCAUGCUGACUGGCAAAAUUUGGAUUUCAUUUGCAUUGCAGUUUUUUAUAGAAGCUAUGUAACAAAUGAUUAGCUUUCUUAAUCAAGGAACUUUCCCGUGUUUGUGAUUUUUAGAAGACACAGUUUUAUGUAGUCUUUGAACUUGUUUGAUCUCAGUGAAUUUUCUGAACUUGAAUAGGAAUAUGUCUGCAUCCCUCUGGCAAAGGGUAGCUUUCAGGCAGGGAGCAUACUUCCAGAAAGGAAGCAGAGGAUGGACUUGGAAUCAGAAUGCAUCCCAUUUCUUUCAAAGCCUAUACAUUUUCACUUGGUAGUCAUUGAGCACCUCCUAUAUGUCAGGCACCAUGCUUGGUGCCUUACAUGAAUGAGUCAUUACUAACCUCCAGAAUUCUUCAAGGGUUUAUUUCUAUUUUACAAGUGUAGAAACUGAGGCUCAAGGAGGUUAAGUAAGGGCUAUACAGUAAGUUGUGGACACAAGGUUCAGGCUGCAGUUUGCUCCACCUGGAAGCUCUCAUUUCCAUCAGGCCCUCUCCACUCCCCAUCAUUUGAGCUGCUAUGAUCAUGGUUUAAGAGGAAAGUUUUUG